AUGUUUGGUUUUCUCUUGGAGUCACAACUAGAAUACUAUGAUCCCUCAGGAUUCUGGAAGAGUUUUCGACCGUGGGAUACGAGUGAAGCUGUUAAUCCGCGCGAACAGCAAGACGCAUUUGACUUUUUCCAAGCUCUUAUCGAUCAACUGGACGAGGAGUUGAAGAAAUUGAAGCGGGAACCGUUUUUUCAGGCCAUAUAUCAAGGAAUCUUCUUGGAUUCCAAAUUUUGUGAUGAAUGCGAGCAUCGUUAUGAUCGCGAAGAGGUGUUCAGUGCAAUCAAUCUCGCCGUUCGAGUGCACGAUUUGCAAGAAGCUUUGAAUCAGUUCGUUCGUGGUGAAGUCCUAGAUGGCGAUAAUGCCUACUAUUGCGAGCGAUGCCGUAUGAAGCGUCGUACAGUUAAACGCAUGUCUGUACACACGUUGCCUCCUGUUUUGUGUCUGCAUCUGAAGCGCUUCGAUUUUGACUGGGAUCGUCAAGUCCCUAUCAAAUUCUCCGAUCACUUUACCUUCCCACGACAAUUGGACAUGAGUCCUUACAUGGCCGAUUCCGUUCAGAAACUUCGUCCCGAAGCGUUCUUUUCUCCCAGUUCAUCUACCUCCUCGUUGUUGCAACGGGAAGCCAGAGUUGGUAUAGCUUCGAUGAUGAAGAAGCAGUUUCAUCUAUCCGAUAACGAAUUGAGCGAGGAUGUAUCGCGUGGCAGUGUCUCUGCGGAGCAGGAAUGUCGUGAAUUGCCUCGUACAUCAGCUUUGCCGAAUAUCCAGUUGCCUGAUCAGCAGUUGGCUGAUGGAGUGAUUGAACAGCCUUCGUUCGGCCUAGAUGCUCCCUCAAACGUACAUUCGACUGUCAGUCCGCUGAAAAAAGCACCAACAUCUGGUCUUCUUGCUCCCACCUACGCAUCCACUACCACACAACAUCUUUAUCGCUUGGUGGGAAUCAUCGUUCAUUCCGGUCAGGCUAAUUCAGGUCAUUAUUAUGCAUUCAUCAAAGACCGGGGUCGUGCGGAAGGGGGAACUCUUUUUAAAGCAUCAGAAUGCAGAAGAGCUAAAACACCGAGGAAUUCGAAUCGCUCAUCACCCGAUGCAACUGAUCCGACAGAAGUUAGUGGAGUUCUACGUCGGACAUCAGCAUCCCCAUUGGAGCUUGGCUAUCACUCAAUGGGGAUGAAAAAACAAUCUUCACUGGGAGGCAGCAUCCCUUCUGCUGAUAGUCGUGACACCACAGCCACAGAUCCUGGUAGUGAUGGGCGUUGGUAUCGGUUCAACGAUACUAGUGUCGAACCAGUGGAAUUAGAUGACGCAUUGCUGGAGCAUGAGUGUUUUGGUGGUUCGUACAAAGUCAGUAGUUCCGAUGGGCGGUCUACCGAACGACGCACACGCUAUUGGAGCGCUUAUAUGCUGUUUUACGAACGUGUGGAUUUGAAUUAUGCUGCCCUAAGACAAAGUCUUAUGACAAAACGAAGUGUGCCCGUGGACGAGUCGCACGCAACUCGCUCACCAAUCUACGAGUGUUCAGUGCCCUCGCUGAUUACGGAUAACCUUCUUAGUGUCUCGCCAAAAUCAGAACGCAUUUUGGAUACGCAGUUGAGCAUCUCGUUGGAAAGUGUUACCCGAAGUUUUGGUGCUACUCAAGGUACUUUGGAGGACGAACUGGACUCACAGACUCCAUCGGCUAGGACAGACAAUAUCCUGUCUUGUCGAAUGCCAAAACGUAUUGCAAGUCAAAUCUGGUCAGAAAAUUGGGCGUUUCUGCGCGAUCGGAAUAUUUUCUCCAAGGAUUAUUUCCACGCUAUUCGGGGUCUUUGUGAGGGUAUUUUGCUCGACUCCAGCAGCCUGCGUCACGAACCGCAGCGUGGUGUCAUUGGCACACGAUUGUUGUCCCACUUCAUUUUCCACACCUUUCUCUGCUUGCAUCCGAGAACCAAAUUGAGCAUUGAAGGUUGCCUGGCCGAUGCUCAAAGCGCAAGUAGUUCUGCCGUGCGCGACAUGGCUGCCCAGAUCAAUUCCGAAUGGCUUGAGCUUCUUGUGAGAUUGGCUAGUACCAGCCCAAAAGCAUGUCGUUGGCUGAUGCAUUUUCUCUAUACUAGCCCUUCACAGCCGUGCUUGGCUUUCAUGUUACUCGCACCAAAGCCAGCAACGCGUCAACAGUUGGCUAACACAUUACUCACAAUCUUACGCACGUUCUACUCGUUUCGCGAAACGAACAUUGUGAGUUUUCUUUUACUGUUCCUUUUUUAUAUGCACUCUGAGAAUCCCUCACGUCCUAUCUUAAGAAGUUAA